CUGACUCAACUAGUUCCCGUUUGAGACCGCCUCCUCCUUUCGCCAGCCAGUUGAGGUUUGACUUCCUUCGCCGCAGGUUUCGGCCUGUCUUAUUUAUCUUUUUAUGGAUUUUACUCCGAGGAGCCGGGUCGAACAUGCCCGUGCGCACCGCUCAUGGUGGUGUCUCUUUUUAAUGGAGUAAGCUGAAGUGGAAAAUGCUCAUGGCGAGCAACAGGCACAGUGAGAUCAUCGUGUAUGGCGUACUACUGACAGUAGCUUGCCUGGCCAUGCCCACAUUUUCGGUUGGUCCAACUUUGGAGACCAAGACGUGUCCUUCAAGUGACUAUCUUGUAAAUGGAAUAUGCUGCAAUAAAUGCCAUGCUGGUUUCAAACUGGUGAAAGACUGCGUUUCCGAAGACACGAAGACUACGUGCAUGCAGUGUCCAAAGGGGCAGUUUAUAAACCGCAGUAACUACUCACCAACCUGCUUCCGAUGUAAGACAUGCAAAGAAGAGCGCCAUGAGGUGACUGUUUCUGAAUGCAAACACUACCGUGACACCCAGUGCCGCUGUAACGACACCUUCUAUGCUAACAAAAUCAACUCUGAGACGAUAGAGUGUUUAAAAUGCACAACCUGCAGCCCUGAUGAUGUGGUAAUCCGAAAAUGUACUCCAGAGACCAACACGAUGUGCAGACCCAAGGAGAACUUCAGACCAGUGGACCCUAAAAGCCAGCUAUGCGAUAAUUGCACAGAUGAAUGCAAGCAUCUCUGCACACCACUUCCUUCCCACAAAGAUUCAGAGAGUGGAAAUGGGUUUCUCGUUCACAUCCUGAUUGCAGCUGUGGUUGUGACCGUGGUGCUGUUGAUGCUGAUCAUCUGCUACUUGGCCACCAAGCGCUUGACCAAAAUGGUGCUGCGCAAGCCACGAUCACAAAAAAGCAACGUUUCGCUGGAUUCAGAAAAGUCCCUAAUUCAAAAAGACAUGGCAAUAUGCGUUCCUGCAUGUCCUGAGAGCGCACUCCUUGUGACGGAGCCCAAUUUGCCUGAUUGUGUCCCUCCGGAGAUUAAGACCCACGACCUCAUCUACUCGGUGCUGGACCUGGUUCCCGUACAGCAAAUCAAGCAGCUGGUACGUUCACUCGGCGUGCCUGAAAGUGUCAUUCAAUGGGCCGAACAGGACCACAAAAGCAAAGAGGCCCACUACCAGAUGCUGAAAGCGUGGGCGGAGGAUGGCUCGCAUGCCGGCGGUGGUCAAGGCGGAAUGUUAAACCGGGCCUCGCUGCAAGAACUUAUGCACAAAUUGAACCAGAUGCACCUUGGGGGAGUGGCCGAAGUUUUGGAGACACAGUUUGGAUCUCAAGGACAGCCUGGAAGCUUUGUAAAACGGACACGGUCCUUGCUGGUGGCGGACCACUGUAACUCUACCUCUCAUCCUGACUUUUAACUACUGAGAGAGCGAAUGGAUUAUUAUUUACUAUCCUGCUGCAGUCAACGUGACACUGCUACCUGCUGGAUGGGGAAACUGUGACCAAUGCUCAGCUAGUAGAAACCCAUCAAAGGUCAAAUAGGAGGUGACCAACAUGUCGAUUGUUUCGACUGGUGCAUCUCAGAUCGUGCGUCCUCGUUUGAAAAAAAAAAUUACUCGUCCAGUCCAUCGUUCCAUUCCAUUGAACUUUUGAUUUCGGAACCGAUGUCAGAGCCUCUUUAGCCUAUCACCCACCUUUCCUGGUGUCUGAUUGACAUUCAGAACAGCAAGUAAGAUGUAAUUUUUGCACGACUAAAAACACAAAAGUAGUCAAAACUUUAAAAAAAAAAUUUUUUAAUUA